AACCUCCCUCAGAAAGCUCUGCGUUUUGUAUUUCCUGCUUCUCCUGCACUCCGAACCGAAAUGAAGGAAUGUACCCGUUUGUUCUGAAGUAUUUUUUACGCACAGAAAUGUCUCGGCUGACUUUUCCUCGCGUCGAGUGAAGGCGGCAACUCCUGCAGCAUCCUCUAUACAAAAAAGAAGACAAAUAAAUCACCUUAACUUCUUCUUUUGUGUGCACAUCUCAGACGGGACAUUGAUAAGGCACAGGCUGAAUACAUGGAUACUAACGCUGCAAACUCGGAGAAAUCGCAACUGAUGCACGAGAAGAGUGCGAAAAUGUAUUCUUUAAAACUACAAAGCAGCUCCUUUCCAGACUCCAAAGAGCAGUAUCCAGACUCCAAAGAGCAGUAUCCAGACUCCAAAGAGCAGUAUCCAGACUUCCCAUUCAAGAACGGAGGCAUGCCGGGGGCCAUGGAGCUGAAGCGGCCCGCGGGGGCGCACUGCCACGGGAAACAGAAGCUGGCGUGUGAGGAGAGCGGAGACCGGCUGCUGGCCAAGAAGAAACUCUACAUCGCCUCCGCCGUCUGCCUCGUGUUCAUGAUCGGAGAGGUCAUAGGGGGCUACCUGGCCCACAGCCUGGCCAUCAUGACGGACGCGGCCCACCUCCUCACAGACUUUGGCAGCAUGAUGGUGAGCCUGUUCUCCCUCUGGAUCUCCUGCAGACCCCCCACCAAAACCAUGAACUAUGGCUGGCACAGAUCAGAGAUCCUCGGGGCGUUCAUCUCAGUGAUUUCCAUCUGGAUCGUGACGGGGGCUCUGGUGUAUUUAGCCAUCGAGAGGAUCGUCAGAAACGACUAUGAGAUUGAUGGCCACGUAAUGUUGGUGACCUCGGGGUGCGCCGUCAUCGUCAACAUAAUCAUGGCCUACAUCCUGCACCACUCCACCACCUUCCACUCUCACGGCAGCGGGUACCAGCAGAUCGAGGAGGGGGGUCGCAGCCCCGCGGCUCACGGUCACUCCCACGCUCUGCUGGGGGGGGGCCACAGCAACACCAGCGUCCGCGCCGCCUUCAUCCACGUGGUGGGAGACCUCCUGCAGAGCGUGGGCGUCAUGGUGGCCGCCAUCAUCAUCUACUUUCGGCCCGAGUAUAAAGUGGCAGAUCCCAUCUGUACGUUCCUGUUCUCCAUCUUCGUCCUCUUCACCACCAUCACCAUCCUCAGAGACGUCUUCAGGAUACUCUUGGAAGGCGCUCCUAAAGGCAUCGAGUUUAACUCCGUGAAGGAGGUGCUGCUGUCGGUGAACAAGGUGAAGUCGAUGCACUCUCUGCAUCUCUGGGCUCUGACUCUGGGUCAGGCUCUGGUCUCUGUUCACCUGGCCAUAGAGGAGGGUGCUGACGCCCAGUCGGUGCUGCAGGAAGCCACUGAGCUGCUGAACACUAAAUUUGGUUUCCACAGCAUCACAAUCCAGGUGGAGCUCCACUCUGAGGAGAUGAACCACUGCUGCCACUGCCAGGACCCCCAAGACUGACCCCCCCCCCCAACCAGUACCCACUUCCUUUACUCAAGUAGAAGUACAGAUACUCGUGUUUAAA